AAAUCAACGACUUGGUCUGCAAAGAGAGAGUCGUUCUUUUUCUGGGCUUGUAAUCGAACCCUCUCCAUUGGUCACCGACCCUGCGCUUUGGACUUUUGUGUGCAGUGUUUUUCCUCUGUUACUUGGCUGCGAUUGCUGUUGCGAGAGACCAAGCGGGCUAGCUGGCGAGCGGAGGGACAGGAUGGAGCAUACAGAAGUUCUGAAGCCGCGGACCUUGGAAGAGCUGAUCCGGAUCCUGCGCGAAAUUUUCUCCGGGGACAGCGUCAGCGUAGAAGAGGUGCAGUCCAUCAUGGAAGCCUACGAGAGCAACCCGACGGAGUGGGCAGCGUACGCGAAAUUCGACCAGUACAGGUACACCCGAAAUCUUGUGGAUCAAGGAAAUGGAAAGUUUAACCUCAUGAUUCUGUGUUGGGGUGAAGGGCAUGGCAGCAGUAUCCAUGAUCAUACAGACUCCCACUGCUUUCUGAAGAUGCUGCAAGGAAACCUCAAAGAGACCCUCUUUGCAUGGCCCGAUAAGAAAUCCAAUGAGAUGACGAAGAAAUCCGAAAGAAUCUUGAGAGAAAACCAAUGUGCCUACAUCAAUGAUUCUAUUGGUCUACAUCGGGUGGAGAACAUAAGUCAUACAGAACCCGCUGUUAGCCUUCAUUUGUACAGCCCACCCUUUGACACUUGCCAUGCCUUUGACCAAAGAACAGGACAUAAGAAUAAAGUCACAAUGACAUUUUAUAGCAAAUUUGGAGCAAGGACUCCAUUUGCAACUUCAAGUUCAUUGGAGAACAACUAAAGAGAUCCAGUCACUAGAGUACUUUUUCCUUUUUUUUUUCUUUUUAAAGUAUGCUGAAAUCUUUAAUUGUGGACGAAGAACCACCAAUCACUUGCUGUCCAAUAGUACCUUUGAAUAAGAUGCUUAGAGAUAUAUUAGAGCAGACUUCUGGCUGCUUGAAUGAAUGCUAAUGACAGGGGACUUACUAAGUAAACAAUGCCAGGAGAUACUGUAGAGGAGAAAUCCUAUUGUUAUGGUCUUUAUACUUGGAAGACCUAAUCAGAUGCUCUCUUGGGCAUCUCUCUCUCUCUGUCUCUGUCUCUGUCUCUGUCUCUGUCUCUGUCUCUCUCUCUCUCUCUCUCUCUCUUUCUCUGUCUUUCGUCCUCAUGGUUCCCUACUAGGAAAGACAAUGAAGUCCUUUUGAUGGUUUUUGUCUAUCAUAAUUAGCAAUAAUUAGGAGUAAAACCAAGCCUAAGACCUCAUAACCCUACCUUUGUUAUCCUGAUAAUUAAGUAUACAGAUUUAUAUGAUGUUUUAUGUUCUCUAAGAUGUGUUCAAGGGAAUUGUUUUUGAAUCUAGAUUUUGCUGGUUUUCCAUCUUCACAAAUUCCUAUUUUGUAUAUAGGUCACUGUGUACAGAGACACUCAAGUCAGUUUGUGAUUCUGUUGUGAAAUAAAUCACAAGGAUGUAGGUGGAGUUCACAGCAAAAAGAAAACACAAGUGUGUUUUAAAGUGACCACAGGCCCAUGUAAAAUACUUCUUGUAAUGCUACCAAAAUUGUCAGGUUAGCUUGAAUAAAACUGAAUUUAAAGAUAAUUUGAAAUGGCCCUGUGCCUUUCUAGCUACUCCAACGGGGAACCUCAUAAACUAGGUUAUCUUCUACUUAUCUCUUAUGAUUGUAAGUUACACCUUUCUCCCCUCCCCCUAGAAUAGUUUUCUCUAUUUGGGAGUCCAGUAAAUACACAAAGCUUUUAAAUGUUUUCCAA